CAUCACUCCAGUGUGAGACAUUCCCCACACUGGCCCAGAAAUGGACCCGAGCUGGGAACACACAGUCUCUCAUCUCUCUGAAAAUGAGGGUUUAUGAGGAUGGAUGGAUGGAUGGAUGGAUAGAUAGAUGGAUAGACUGAUAGAUAGAUCAGGUGACAUGCCCCCUCCUCACCUUCCCUUGAUGUGCAAUUCUCUCUUUCCCUCCCUCCCUCUGUCACACACAAGCACCCCAGGCAGCAGAUCCUCGGCUCUCCACUAACCCGUGCGCUGGUGUCUUUUGUCCGACCUCCUUUUAUCUCGACUCAGUGCCACCGAACCAAUCGGUGUCAAUAGAUCAAUAGACAGACCGUCGCAGUAAGUCAGCCUCGACAUUUGACUGGACAAAAAAAGGGCAACCAGAUGACCGGACUUUACAGGGACGGCUCUGCGCGCAUCCAGACGAUGUUUCACUGCGCACAAGCGCGACGCACAAGAUUAGCCGCCUGUGUGCGCACCGUUCACGACCACCGCUGAACUCCAUCAGCUCUGCCGGACGCUAAAGUCUUCAGAAUACGGCUGUAGUGAUAGUUUAAGAGAAAGAGGACUGCGUACACCACUCGCGCUCUGGGACCGUUUGGAUUUAAAAGCCAGCAAGUGGAGAAUGACGGUUGUUUGGUUUGGAAACUGGCUUUUUUUGGUUCCAGUGACUGAGGGGUGAAGCGCUGGUUCCCCGCAAAAAUCGGGUGCACUUUCAGGGUUCAGCGCAGCCGCGGGAUCGCUGCGCGUCCUUGGUGGAGCUGGAGGAGACGCAGCCGGGGAUUCUGAGGAAUGCAGAGCCGAGGUUUUGAUUUUUCCAGACCACCUGCGAAACUCUGCGCAACAAACCGUCCGUCGUUGCUGCUGAGCCCGCGGGGCACCAUGCUGAGGCAGAUCCUUCUCAAUUCCACCGACUCCCCAGACUUUGACCUGAUGCUCAUGGCCCAGUCCCCCACAAACGCCCCCUCCUCCCUGAACGCCUCUCACGGCAGCUCGGUGAGCGUGGCCGCGCUCCUGAGACCCACCACGGGGAGAGGAGGCGCGGGGCUCCGGGAGGGCGAGCUCCACAAGCCGGACCUCAUCACCUACUUAGUCAUGUGCCUACUGCUUUUCUUGUUGGUGCUGCUUAUCGUCUUCUUCAUCAACUGCCAGCUCCGGAACUCUUUCUUCGCCUCCAUGCCAUAUGACAGGUCCCUGAGAGAGGCCCGGACCUCCUACAAAUAAAGUCCCCGCGGGGCAUUCUGGGAGGCUUGGUGUUAAGUGAUGAAUCUACUCCUGAACUGUUUCUGGAUCCACAAACCUGGAAUUAAUGAAGGCUUCUGUUGCCACACAUUUAGCACUUAAGGACCCAUGGCGUCACCCCAUAACAUUUCCAACAGCUGAGGCAAAUUAUCAAAUAAUAGCUGUAAUUGGUGACUCAUAGGACUGUUUUGCCUAAAAGGGAGCAGAGAGCAGCAGACUGAAUAGGUGAACUGGGAGUAUAGUCUAUCACAUGCUGUGAUUCAUUCCUGCCUUUUUAAGAUGCAUCCCUCUCAACGUAACCCCCUUCACAUGCAUGAACCUCAGAGCUGGACACUGGCUCAGUCAAAAUGAUUUUUUAAUCUCCCUUACAGUCAAGAUAGAAACUGCUGUCCUAAGUUGUGCUGUGAAAUAUUUUGUAAGACUAUCUUCUUGUCUUGUAAAACAGUCAUAUCUGCAAACUUGUUGAUUGUGAUAUGAUUCAGUGACAAAGUGUACAGGCUAUUCCAGCACAUAAAGACAAUUCGUCCUCAAAUACUA